AUGGUUGCAAAAGACAGUAGCAAAACGUCAGGAUCUCCGAAAUUGGACACCAAACCACCAUUCCAGUCUGUGAAGGAUGCUGUCACCUUAUUUGGUGAAGCUGCUUUGUGUGGAGACAUUCCUGCAAUCAAGAAACCCAAGCACCAGUCUACAGAGGGGUUGCUGCCAAAGGAAAGACAACUGCAUUUGGUUCAGGAAGAGGUUACCAGAUUGAAGGAACAAUUGAAGAAUGUUGAAACUACUAAAGGCCAAGCACUUACUGAGCUUGAAAGUGUCAACAAAACUGUUGAGGAUCUGACCCAGAAGCUUAAGGUUGUUUGUGAUUCAAAGGAUUCUGCAAUUCAGGCAACAGAAGAAGCAAACAAUAGCCACUCCAAAGUAGAGGAUGGUUCUUGGAAGGUAGACUUGAAGACUGCUAGAGAACAGUACAAGGCUGCAAUGGCUCAACUCGAUGCAGCAAAAGAGGAGGUUAGAAAUAUGCGUCGCAACUGUGAUGCAUCAGCCGAAGAAAAAGCAGAAGCACACAGGCAAGCAGAAGAAGCUAAGAUAGCCACCAAAGCUAGCAUGGAGAGAGCAGGCAAGGUUUCCCGAGAAAUCGAAACAUUACAGGAGUCGAUUCAGAAGCUAAAACUUGCUAGUUUGCAUGUUAAGGAAGAUGAAGGAAAAGUGUAUGCUGAGAAGGAUGUCCAGAGGCAAUCAUACAAGACCAGACUUGGGGAGUUAUCUAAGGAGUUAACCUCUUUGAGAAAAGAGGUCAACCCUGCCCACAUAAAAGAUCUCGAAAUUCAGCUAGCCCAAACCACAUCUGCAAUCGAAGCUCUAAGAAAGGAGAUGGAUAGUGCAAGGUCCUCGGAUCUUGCUUCGGUGAAAGAUGCUAUUACAGAGCUUAAAGAUGCUAAGGAGUCACUGCAUAAUGCUUGUGAAGAGGAGGGCUCACUAAGAAGUUACCUGGCAGACCUUAAAUUGGAACUAGAGAAUGUGAAGAAAGAACACUCUGAGCUGAUGGGGAAGGAAACAGAAACCGAAUCACUUGCUGGGAAUCUGCACGCCAAACUUCAGAGAGCAAAGUCUGAGCUUGAAAGAGCACUUGCAGAAGAGUCCAAAGCUAGACGCCCUUCUGAAGAAAUGAUUGCUACUAUCGAGCAGGUUAGAUUAGAGUGCGAAAACGCCAAAAGUGAAACAAAUGAAAUGAAGAAACAAGCGGAAGAGCUAAAGAAAGAGACUGAUUCUGCCAGAAUUACAUCAGAAGAAGCAGAAGAGAAGCUUAAAGUUGCAUUGGAAGCGGCUGAAGAAGCAAAAGCAGCCGAGAAUAGGGCUCUAGAUCAGAUUAAACUUUUGUCAGAGAGAACUAGUGCUACGCGUGCCUCAACUCCCGAGCCUGGUGCCCAAAUUACUAUAUCAAGAGAUGAGUUCGACUACUUAAGCCAGAAAGUCGGAGAAUCAGAGAGAUUAGCCGAAUUGAAAGUGGCUGCUGCAAUGGCUCAAGUGGAGGCCGUAAGGGCAAGUGAAAAUGGAGCUCUCAAGAGAUUGUUGGCUGCUCAGAAGGAGAUUGACAAUAUGAGAACUGCUACUCAGGAGGCUCUGAAGAGAGCGGAAAUGGAUGAGACUGCAAAAACGGUAGUGGAAGGAGAGCUCAGACGAUGGCGGGAAAGAGAGCAAAAGAAAGUAGCAGAAGCCACAUACUCUAUUCUGGCAGAAACACAGAAGGUAGUUGAAUCAUUUCCUCAUAAUUACCAAAAUGUAGGGCAAGCCACAAGAGAUGGCAUUGAAUCACAAACACAGAACUUACCAGAGGUGAGGCACCCUCGCAAAUUAGAGAAGUCCAAGACAUCUGUGCCAAAGACCGAGAAGUCAAAGACAUCUGUGGCAAAGAAAGUGCUAUUGCGUAAUUUCAGUGACAUGCUUCCUAGGAGGACAAGGCAAGUACAGGUUGGUUCUCCUUAUCUGCCCAGAGAAAAUCUGUAUGGUGAUUUGUAACUGUGAACACAUCUUGUGAAAAUUCAGUG